UAGGAAGGGCGGUACAAUGGUGAGACUUGGUGUUGGUGUUUUGGAACAUCAAAGAUGGACAGGGUUUUCGCGGAGGUCGCUCCUCAGAUAUCUCCACAACUACAGAUCGGGGAUCUUCCAAAAUCGAGAAGAUUGGUGCAUAUGGCUAGGUCUCUUCACCUUACAAUUUGUAUGGCACUUUGGCCCGGGGUUGUGGUGUGGUAGGGGAGAACGGGGGAUACUCCCACACAGGAGUUUUGAACAACGUCCGGUUCAUGUUUGGCUGGAUAACUCCACCACCACACAGGGUAUGCGGUCGGCGAUGGGGUCAGAAUGCUCGUAUGAUCGAGGGCUUUUCGAUGGAUCUAUCGGCGGGUUCUUAUUCGAAAAAUCGAGCGAGUUCGUGGUGGAGCGGUCCGCAGCUGCAUCACAAAGACAUUUAUUAUUCACUAGAAAAUAUCAGAAUAAGUCUCUUAUUAUCUCUCAUGAAUGA